GUUCAGAGGGCAUGCGGAGGUCGUGUUGUGUUUUUGCUUUCAGAUCGUGUUUUAGCUAGUUGGAAUUAGUGAUGCGAUGUCUUUCUUGAGUCUCUUCACGAGAAGGCAGCUGCCGCAGACCCUGAGCCACUUCGCCCGGGUUGUGAAGCUGAGUCGGCCUCCCUGUAGUUGGGGCUCGUUGAGGAGGCUGCAUGGAUCGUCUCGGCAGCGUGUCGGGGAGAAGGGGCCGUGGGGGAAGAGUCGGGGGCCAGAGCAGCCGCAGUACCAGCUCACAGACCUUGAUAAAGCAGACGCUUUGAUGCUGAGAAAGUCCCAUGAAACAGGAUUUCUCUCGUGGUUCAGGAACGGCCUGCUGGCAACUGGGAUUGGAGUCAUUGCAUUUGUCCAGAGUGAAGUGGGACGAGAAGCGGGAUAUGCCUUCUUCAUCCUGGGAGGUGUGUGUGUGUCGUUUGGUGGGGCCUCAUACAUUGGCAGCCUCUUUGCCAUGCGGAGGCUUAUGCUGCUUUCGGUGCCAGCUCUGCUGCUUCAAGGAUCCGUGGUGGGCACUGUCGCCCUCUUCUGGCUCUGCGCCGUAUCUCUGUACAUCGGCCGACUGGAGGUGGAAAUCAUCCAUGAGGAAGAGGAGGGAGAGGACGAGGGAGAAUGCCAACAGUGCCGCGAUAGGCGUGAGCACCGGGGUUACCGUGGCUCUCAUGACAGCGAGGACAAUGACGGCAAUGGGCAAAACAAGUAGAGAUCUUCUAGGAAUGGAGAGUGGAAAGUUGUGUGUGUGUUGCUCUGAUUCAGGGUUUGUGUAAUGUGUGUGUGCAAGCAGAUUGCUUAUUAAUAUGCAGGUUGUGUGUGAGUGUGUAUGCAAAUCUAUUAUCUAUUGUUAUAAAAAAUAUAAUUCAGGUGAAUUAAGACUUUCUGGACCUUUUGGAAAACUGGUCGGAGAAAAUGCUGAAAUAUGGUGAUAAUUUGGUAGUUAAUCUACACUUUUGGCAAUUUGUUUUGUAAGACUUCUUGUAAUUCAAUAUAUUUUAUGCUGAAUUGCUGACAUUAUUAGUCAAUCUUAAAGUUGCAUUGAUUCUUGUUUUAUUAACUUUUAUUUGUACAUCCUCAAAUCUGCUUUCCAUGGCACAGGAUUAAGUCACUCGUCAGCCAACAGUUACUAGAUGCUGUUUGUCUUGUCAGUUUAUUUAGUUAACUGUGAAUACUUGAAGUUUCACAAAAGUCUUGAAAUAAAGAGAGAAGCCUUGAGAACUAGAAAGAAUUGACAAUGUGCAUGUUUCAAUAUUUAGUUUGAAUAAAGAAAACCAAAAGAGGGUUUUUUGUAUUUGAUAUUUUUUUUCACAGUUGCAGUAGCACUUUCAUCAGCUUUUGUUUGCAUCUAGAGGUAU